AUGAUGAAGUCGAAAGCCGAGUGGGAACCAGAUUACCACAGAGUCUUUGUGGAUUUAUGCGUCGAGCAGAAGCUGGUUGGGAACAAACCUGGAACGCAGCACAUACUGGAGCCUUUUCAGCAGACGACGGGUGCAAGAUUCAACAAGAAGCAGCUAAAGAACCAUUGGGACACAAUGUGCAAGCAGUGGAAGAUUUGGCGUAGGCUUGUUCAAUGCCCUGACAUGAAAUGGGAUCCUGAGACCAACACUUUUGGUGCCACUGAUGAAGACUGGGGCAACUAUUUACAGGUGAAUCCUGAUGCUGGACAGUAUCGGCUGAGUCCUCCAAUGUAUCUGAAGAAGCUAGAGAUGAUCUUUGAAGGUGUGAACAUUGACGGUAGAGAUAAUGAUGAUGAUGAAGGUGGUUCUAGUCAAUACAAGAGGAAGAGAAGAAGCAGGCACCAUGAAGGGGAAGAAGAAGAAGAAGAAGUAGCAGAGGAAGUUGAUACUGGUGAUGAUAUGCAAAUAGCGUCUAACUUCUCGACUCCUCAGUCUAAAGGGUAUUGGUCACCGGCCUCGCACGAGCUGUUUGUGGACUUGUUGGUGGAGGAGACUUAUAAAGGAAACAGACCUGACACGCAUUAUCCAAAGGAGAGCUGGAGAGCGAUGCUUGAGACUAUCAAUCAAAACAGUGGGAAAAACUACUCUAGAGCUCAGCUGAAAAACCACUGGGACUGCACGAGGAAGGCCUGGAAGAUUUGGUGUCAAGUUGUUGGCUCUCCUAUCAUGAAAUGGGAUCCAAAUUCUCGUACUUUCGGCGCAACAGAAGAUGACUGGAAAAAAUAUUUAAGGGAAAACCCUAGAGCUGCACAAUUCAGGAGGAAGCAUGUUCCUUGCGCAGACAAACUAGCAAUCAUCUUUGAAGGAGUGAUUGAGCCAGGAAAAGCAGAUUUCCGUCCUUACCGCAAGAAAUUGCGAGAUCAUUCGGAAUCGCCACAGCUACAUGACCCGACUCCGUUAUCAACACUCUACACAAACGAGCCACUCACAGGAAGUGAAGAUGGAGGUGCUGAUAAUGAUGAUGAUGAUGAUGAGAAUGGUAAUGGUGAUGGUUAUGGUGUUGGUGAGCCUUCUCAUGCUCCGCAUCGCAGUAGGUUAAAUGGUGUUGGUUUUGCGGAGUCUCGGUUACAAGAUGUUGAGAUUGUGACUCCGAUAUGUACCCGGUUCGAGGCAGAGAGGAUGAGGGAGACUCCGUUGAGUUUGCAGACGGUGUCGGGUAAUAAGCAGUACGAGUACACUAUUGGGGAGUGCAUUGAGUGUUUGGACGCCAUGGAGGAGCUUGAGCAAGGAGGUGAUCUUUACUUGUUUGCGUUGGAUUUGUUUCUGAAGAAAGAGUACAGAGAGAUUUUCUUGCAGCUGAAGAAAUCGAGUUUGAAAAUGUCUUGGUUGCUAAGACUUCAAUCUGGUACUUCUACAGUUCCUGCCUAA